AUGAUUCUGUCCCAGGCAUCACAGUCUCUCGCUUUUGAUGUAGCACAGAAACUGCAUCUAACGUGCCUGGAUCCAGCGACGGGGCUCGGGAGCAUCGGCGCUAAGAAUAGCGCUGCAAAACCUGCUCGGGAUGAGCUAAAUACAGGCGGACGAGACGAGACAGAAAAUCCUAACUGCCCUUCAUUUUUGGCUGCUGCUUUAGCUAGAGCAACUUCAGAUGAAGUCCUGCAGAGUGAUCUUUCAGCACACUACUUACCAAAGCACGUGGACAACGCAGACGGGAUCAUACAGAUCGAGACGGUGAAGUUAGCCCGCUUGGUGUUUAGCAAACUCCAUGAGAUCUGCAGCAACUGGGUGAAGGACUUUCCCCUCCAGCCCAAGCCCCACCGCUACUAUGAGACGUCCAUCCACGCCAUCAAGAACAUGCGCAGGAAGAUGGAAGACAAGCACGUCUGCAUCCCAGACUUCAACAUGCUCUUCAACCUUGAGGACCAAGAAGAACAAGCUUAUUUUGCAGUGUUUGAUGGCCACGGGGGAGUGGAUGCUGCCAUCUAUGCCUCCAUCCAUCUCCAUGUGAACAUGGUCCAUCAGGAGGUGUUUCAGCAGGGACCAGCAGAGGCCCUGUGCCGAGCUUUCCGAGUAACCGAUGAGCGCUUUGUCCAGAAGGCAGCCAGAGAGAGCCUGCGUUGUGGAACCACCGGGGUGGUGACCUUCAUCCGGGGAAAUAUGCUGCAUGUGGCUUGGCUUGGGGACUCCCAGGUUAUGCUCGUGAGGAGAGGCCAGGCUGUGGAGCUGAUGAAACCCCACAAACCAGAUCGAGAGGAUGAGAAGAAGCGCAUUGAGGCACUUGGUGGCUGUGUGGUCUGGUUUGGAGCCUGGAGGGUGAAUGGGAGCCUGUCAGUCUCCAGAGCUAUUGGGGAUGCUGAGCACAAGCCAUACAUCUGUGGGGAUGCAGACUCUGCCUCCACUGUACUCGAUGGCUCUGAAGACUACCUCAUUUUAGCCUGCGAUGGCUUCUAUGACACAGUCAAUCCUGAUGAGGCAGUCAAAGUGGUGGCUGACCAUCUAAAGGAGAAUAAUGGUGACAGCAGCAUGGUAGCACAUAAAUUAGUGGCAUCCGCUCGGGAUGCUGGUUCCAGCGACAACAUUACUGUCAUUGUGGUAUUUCUCAGGGACAUGAAUGCAGCCGUCAACGUCAGUGAGGAGUCAGACAUGACAGAGAACUCUUUUCAAGGUGGACAAGAAGACAGUGGGGAAGAUAAGGAAAACCAUGGAGACUGCAAACGACCGUGGCCCCAGCACCAGUGCUCAGCACCUGCAGACCUAGGGUAUGAUGGACGAGUGGAUUCCUUCACCGACAGAACUAGCUUAAGCAUAGGGUCCAGCGUUAACCUGUUUGAUGAUCAAGGCUAUUUAGACCUGACAAAACCAGAAACUAGUUCACCUCAGAGUGCCAAAUGUCUGCUGCCAGUUGAAGUGUUGAGUCCUGGCAUACCAAAGAGUGCAAAUGUGAUCAAGGGCCUAACAGCAGAGAAUGAAUCACCAGAGCUCAGCACGUCGUGGGGCUGUGGACAGAGCAAUCCCAGGGAGUACAACACUCCUCUUCGUUUGGGGACUGCAGGGCAGAGCAUCUACAGGGUGAAGGGUUUAUCCUCCAUCUUCUCUGGGCUGGAAGAUGAACUGUUCAAAUCCUCGGGAAAACGAGCUGAGUUCUUACACUUCCAGCUCUGGAACGGGAAGAGGCGACGAGGAGCCAGGCUCAAACCAAAGUUUCACAGGCUGCUCUUGGCUCGGGAGCCUCCCCAUAUAGAAGGCCUGAGUCUGUCCCUCCCUGCGCGGGGCUGCGGGAGCCGGAGGUGGUGGGUGCGACGCUCCCCGUGGUGGAGGCUGGUUCGUCAGGGCGCUUGCAGUCAGAGCGGGGGUUUGAUGCAGAGACAAAGUAGUUGUAUAGCAGAGUCAUACCUUCAUCAAUGCUGUAAAAUGUAA